CACGCCUCAGAUUUUUUAUUUUGACAUUUCUUCUGGAAAUUAUUCAAACCUGCAUUUCGGACCGCCUAGAGUUGGCUGUCAGGUUGGGCUUGUCUUUCAAACAUAUCCUCUUUGUCAUCAUCAUAAAGAUUAGCAUACCAACAGGCGAGAUGUCAAAUCUAGGAUCAAAAGAAGACAUUCAAAAAACAAAUGCGAUCAUCAAGGCAUUCUUACAACAGACGCAUCCUGCCGCAUCUGCUUUGAUCAAAAAUGUUGAUGAUCAAACACCUGAUUCUUCUGAAAAAAGUGCAAAAGAAUUGGUAGAUCUCAUUGCAAAGGCUGUCAAGAAGGGAAGCCUCACUGUUCCGACUUCUGCCAAGGCCGAAAGCGAUUCUGACUCCUCGUCUGACAGUAGCGAUGACGAUAGCAGUGACGACGACAGCAGUGAUGAAGAGGAAGCAAAGGACAACAAAAAGACGCUCAAGGUUCCCUCUACUUCACAUCAACGUGCUUCCUCCGAAACGACAUCUGCAGCUUCAGCGAUUAGUGACGAUGCAGAGAGCGUUAUGAGCGUGGAAAACUCAAAGAUACUCAAAGUGGAUGAUAGCAAGCCAAAGGUAGUAGUCGUUGCAAAAGACGCAAACCACGACUCAAGCUCCGACUCUGAUUCUGACUCGGACUCAGACAGCUCAUCAGAUUCUGACUCGGACUCUGGUUCUGAUGCAAAAGAAGGCUCUUUGAUCAAAAAGAUUGUUGAAAUCGUACCUGGCAAGGAAGAUGCCGGAAGUGAAGACAGCAGCGAUUCAUCGUCCUCCUCCUCCUCAGAUUCGGAUUCUGACUCUGACUCUGAUUCUGGUUCCGGUUCUGAUUCUAGCUCGGAAUCUGAUUCAUCUUCCUCAUCUUCAAGCUCUAGCUCGGACAGCGAUUCGGAUUCCGACUCUGACUCAGGUUCAAGUUCUUCAAGCUCGAGCUCAUCAUCGAGCUCAUCAUCUUCCUCCUCUUCCUCCUCCUCAGAGAGUGAUUCCGACAGCUCAGACGAUUCAGACUCUGACUCCGAUGCAAAGGUUGGUGGUAAACGUAAACGCAAGGGUGAAUCAACAUCAGAACCGCCGGCAAAGCGUGUUGAAAAGACAGAAACGGUGAUUGCUUCUCCUUUACCUACGGCAAAUGCACCUACUUCCAGCACUCCUAUCACCCAAACAACGAUCGUCAAAAGCAUGCCACGCAAAAGUGGACAACCUUCAACCAAUACACCUUUCCAACGAGUGAAAAGCGCAGAUGCAACUUAUGUCAAUGACGUUUUGCGUGAUAAUAGUUUCGAUGCACAUUUGGCAAGAUUGGGUAGAGAUGAUUUCGGUGCAAAAGCAAGUCAAAAGUUAUUGCAAACAAGAGGACAAGGAUUUACAAAAGCAAAGAAUAAGCUAAAGAAAGGAUCUUAUUCUGGUGGUACGAUUGGUAUGGAAUCAAGUUCUUUUAAAUUCGUCUAUAGUGACGAAGAAUAGAUUAGACUCUUUAGAUGAUCGUUUUCCUGUUUCUUUAGUUCUUUCUAUGUAAUUGCAUUGUAUAUUAUACAUUUUUUGUCACUUCUUCUUCUUUCCCUAUGCACCAAUAUAUCGUACAUUAUUGACCUA